AUGAUCUGCAGUAAAUAUAGUAAAAUCAAACUUAGCAGUGAUAACAGUGACCGGCCUGUCAGUUUCAGGCCAGCAGAUGGAGGAAUCCCAGGUUCUAACAAAGGUGCCGGGCGCGUGCAUCCGGCAUCCGGGGGGCGCGUGCAUCCGGCAUCCGGGGGAAGUGAAUGCAUAAGAAAGGAAGGAAGGCAGCCGCAAGGCCGGAAAGGGAGGAGUUUCCUGGCCCUUCUGCAUUUUACGGUGCAGUUGCCGGGUGAGGUCUCCGGAACACCUGCCCCACGACGAAGCGGGCCUCACCAAGCCCCUCCACUGCUGUCGGCCCGGGGCCGCCUCGGGUCACUGAGUCACCUGCCCACUUGCCUGCUGCCUUCGUCGGAAGUCAUCAUGCCUCGGGGUAGGAAUAGUAAGCAUCGUGCCCGUGAGAGACGCCACCAGGCCCAAGUUGAGCCCCAGAAUCUGGGUCUUCAGAGAGCCACAAGUACUUCCACUGAGUCCAUCCAAAGAGGCCAUAUAGAUGAGAAGGUGGUUAUAAUGGUGUAUUACCUGCUGUAUAAGUAUAACAUGAAAGAGCUUAUUAGCAAAGCAGAAAUGCUGAGAGAAGUGAUCCAGAUGUAUAGGAAUCACUACCUUGAGAUCCUGCAGAGAGCUGCUGAGCACAUGGAGAUGAUCUUUGGCCUUGACAUGAAGGAAGUGGAUCCCUACCGGCACAUCUACAUCCUUGUCAACAAAAUGGAAGUAAGCUGCGAUGCAAGGCUGCUAAAUCGGAUCGAGAUUCCCAAGACAGGCCUGCUGAUGGCUGUUCUGGGUGUGAUCUUCAUGCAUGGCAAUUGUGUUAGUGAGGAGCGAGUCUGGCAAACCCUGAAUGUGAUGGGGUUAUUUAGCGGGAGGAAGCACUUCAUUUUUGGGGAGCCUAAGAAGCUCAUUACCAAAGAUUUAGUGCAGCAGAAGUACCUAGAGUACCGCCAGGUGGCCAAUAGUGAUCCUCCAUGCUAUGAGUUCCUGUGGGGCUCAAGAGCCCACGCCGAAACCACCAAGAUGAAAGUGCUAGAGUUUACAGCUAAGAUCCAUAAUAUGGUCCCCACUGCCUUCCCAUCCUUGUAUGAGGAGGCUCUGAGAGAUGAGGAAGAGAGAGCCCGAGCAAGAGCCUCAGCCAAGGCUCGUAUUGCUGCCCUGGCCAAGGCCCGCUCCAGUGCCAUAGCCAGCAGUUGCUCCCGCUUCAAGAGGGUUUGAGGCAGAUUCCUUACUUUGUUGUUAAAAAGAAGUUCACGUUCUAAGUAGUAGAAGGUUGGGGCGGGGCUGCAGACAGUACUGUGCAUAACAUAUUUGUGUUUUUGUGUUCUAUGCAGUAUCUUGGAAAGUUUUAAAAAUAUUGUUCCUUUUAAUAGAAGAUUUAAGUAGCUUUGUAAUCCAGAUUUCUGAGUGAUAUUGUUCAGACACUGAGUUUUAUUAUUUUGUGUAACUGGAAAAGUUCUACCUUACUUAGUAAUUUGGAAUAAGAUAACAUGGCAAUGGAUGAGGCAUUACUUUGGAAAUAUGAAAAACUCAGCAUUGUAAUAGUUGUGUUCAAGAAAUGAAUAAAUUAAAGAUAAAAA